AUGCCACGAAAAGCGGAGCGAGCGAUCUUGGGCGAGAAUGACCAGCUGGCGUUCGACGCUUCCACAUUUUUCAGCGCCGUGCGGACGCUCGCGCAGAUCAGCGUCACGUCGCCCGCGUUCCGUCUAGUUCUCAACGAUCUCCUCGGCAUCGUCAGAGACAUCGUCGCACACGCUGCUGCUGACGUCGGACGUGCAGCUUUGCAGGUACAGGACGCUGCCCGCGGUGUCGAAGAGCAAGCGCGUAGGGGCAAUGACAUCAUAGGAAAGGGCCCCGACGGGGAACUAAAAAUGGACACUACUAUCAAGGACAAGGGAAAAGAAGUCGCCAACAAUCUCAAGUCUACUGCCGUAGAUGUCAAGAAGGAAUGGGUACUCUCACGAGUACAACAAGAUCGAGCAUCACGUUCCGCUAUGCGGGCGAUCCUCAUCCUUGUACGUAAAUACGCAGAAAAGGUGGUUGUCAGCUCCGAGGUCAUCUCGUCAACGUUCGAAGGAGUUGCCACCGAGGCAAAGGACGCGAUUAAGGAAACAGAAGCACCCACUUACCCUCCUCAGCCUUACCCACAGUCACAAUCAACAAAACCGACAGUCGAUGUCAAGUCCGACGAGAUUCUGCGCGACCUCAAGGAGGUAGCACAGCGCGUAGCACAAGGCCAUUCUCUGGACGGCUUGUUCACAGCAUUUGGACAUGUCAUUCGCGAUCUGAAUGACGUGCCCGAGAUCAUCGCGACCGAAUCCCAAAACACGCUUAACAAAAAGGCUUCAUCGUCAUCCUCGACACCUGAACCCCAGUCGCCUACACCCCAGCCUCUCGGUGUGCCUGCUCCUACUACCGGCAGUCGCAAAAAGAACAAGAAGGCGCGGAAAAAGCAGCGAGCUGCACUACAGCAAGCAUUAUCGUCGCCUGCGAUCUCUCCAUCGCAAUCCCAAGAUGAAACGCCGUCCACACCAGUGGAAGAAGAGAAACACGGGAUAUCCAACCCAAACCCAUUCCGCGUAUAUAUCGGACGCCUUGGUGCUUACCUAGAUCGAGCUAUUGAUGAACCUGGCUGGGCAGCGUCCGCUGAUGGUGCAAAUGCACUGGAAGCCUUAUUUGACGAGGGCGCGGAGCUCGUCAGUGUCGUCGGAGAUUCAGUCAUCAACGUCGCAGAGGAUGUUGCCAUAGAACCCAGCGGCACCACAGGCGACUCUCCCCAGCACAAUCUCUCUCACGAAGAGAAAGCUAAGAGACGGUUCAAACACGACAUUGUGGCACUCAGCAACGAGAUCGAGGCCUACAUCUCUUCUCUCGAGAACGAUAAGACCACAAUGGGACUCGUGCGUGCGUUCGAGGCGCUCGGAGGAGAUUUUUCAAGUCUCGUGUCCCAAGGCGCGCAGCAGAGCAGGCGCACUCUCAUGCAGAGCCUCGCUGGUAUGCGUGGCUGGACGGCAUGGGUUGGAUGGGCGAUUCCACGGCUGCUGCGUAUGCUUCCGACUAGUGCAAUUCCCGUUCCAUCAAUUGAGGCAAAGACGGACACGAUGGAGGUUGCGUUGCAGGCGUUGUUUGUGCAGGGUAUCGCGAAGGGAACGCUGGACCACGAGCCGGUGGAAUCAAGCUUGGUACCUGACGAGGUGGUACUGAGGGAGUGGACGGAGGUUAAGAUUGAUAUGGCGGAGGAAAAUGAUGAUGGAGAAAGUCUGUCCGGUACGACACUACACCCAGGUGUACAGACGACGUCAAGAUUGAGGUUGCACAUGGACGGGGUUCGUGCGAGAGUUGAAGGGAUGGGAUAUUAUUUCAAGUAUAAAGGUGGUAUUGUGGGCUACGAGGACGAGGGUGUGAUCAGUGUGGAUGUCGGGAUGGGUACCCCGCAUGGAGGGCUCGGCGUGGAUAUUGAAGUCGAAAUUGAGAUGGACAACGACGAUUCAUCUGCUGGCUUUGACGCCGCAGAAUCAGCUAGCACAAAGUCACUGUACGCAACCUCCUCGUCUUCUUCGCUCGCCAAUUUUGCUCAUAGUAGCGACAGCAGUCAUCGGCCCGACGUCCCAGAAAUUGUCAUCCAAGACGAGGAGACGGGGGAAAGUAAGCCAGUCGACGAGCCUGCGAAUUUGGAUGUGCAGACGGCUGUUGCACCUGUCGGCGCAGCUGUCGGCCACCAGCGCGAUGUGAUGCGCGAUCGCGGGUUGUAUCGUUCCGCAGAACCUUUGUUUCGCGUUGUGGACAUCUCUGCGGCCGUUCGUGGGCUACGGUUUAGGCUCGACCAAAGCCGGCACUGGAUCCUCAACAAACUGGUAUUGCAGCCCCUUGCGGGUCCUGUAAUCGCUCGUAUCGUGAAGCAAGCUGUUGAGGAGAAAAUCCGUUCCAGCUUGGAUGUUCUUGCGCUCAGUCUAGGCGAGGUGGCCAGGGACGCCAAGAUCAAAGGUGAAACGAGGAGACGCGACAGGUACAGAGAGAGAAUCGCGCAGGGAGAGGGAAUUGUCAGCAAAGAUUCUGUCAUGGCUGGUUUGGGGCUCACCAAGCACGAGCUGGAGGAUGAGGUUGCGGCGGCGGACGGCUUUGCAGAUAUUCUCAGUGACUGGUGGAGUGCAGUCCUGCACACGGGUCCUGCUGCCCUGAAACGCAUGUCACAGAGCGAUAGCACCAGAGAUGAGGGAAACCAGCAUAUUGAAACGAGCACGAGUACAGAGGCUACCAGCAAAGGUCUGAUAUUCACGAGCACGACUACUACCACAACCACUACGACUGAGGAGCCACGUGGGAUCCCUGCCAUGGUGUAUCAUCCAGCUACCAACUCGAUGGAACGCGUUGAUAUGACUAUGGACGCGGUUGAUGGCGCAUACGUUCCUCAUGAAGCAGAACGCGAGGAAGAGGAAACAGUGCAAAUUGCUGUCGGAGCCGGUGCACAGUUGUUCCCUGGCAAGGCCGGUCCAUAUGACGGUUCUAGUGGAGAGCAUAGUGGGGAGGACGAACGACGUGGAUUCGUUCAGGAUGUCAAGGAUACAACCAACAAGGUUGUCGAUACUGCUGUCCAAGGUGCCAGUGAAGGGCUUAACACUGUUCAGCGUGCUGAGGAGAGGUGGGAGGACCGGAGUAAAAAAGAACACAAAACUGGCAAGGAAAGGACAUGGAAGAGCAAGGCGUUCGAUUUCUGA